UAAUGAUGCGUAAGAGUCCUGUCAAGCUUAGCCUGAGAUCAAUUGAAGCUGAUCUUGUCUUGAAGUUAUUAUGUACUGGUACUAAUAUUUGGCAAGAUAGUUUGACAUUGAUAAAUCUUACAAAUUUACAUUGAUAAGCCAUUAAUUAUAUAAAGGUCCAUGAGAAGAUAAUGCAUGCAGCCUCAAUGCUAGUGCUGUCUAUAGUCUUCUUGAUGAGUGUGAAUCCAGCUAUCAGUUAUUGUCCUACAUCAGGCAUCUACCUGAGACACAGAGGACGCUGUUAUUACAAUGGAUCAUAUUUUUGGGAUAGUAGAAUCAUAUCACGCAGGGUAGAUUGUAGGAUUAAUCUUGCUACAUUAAGUGGUGGAGAAUGGAUUGGUCCAGCUGGAAAAAUGCCCUGUCCUGGCGAUAAAACGAAUAUUCGGUGUAGUCUUUAUCAAGGUACUGCACCACUAAGGAUCAGUUUGUACAUACCUAAUUAUGGAGGCAAAUAUCUCCUUCCAUCUGGCGAUGGCUGGUACAAGUGUUGUCUACCCACUAAUUGUUCAGAUCCUAACACUAACAUCAUCUUUGCUAAUAUAUUCAGAUAUGCACAGAUAGAAUCAUUUUAUGCUGCUGAUCUUCCUUCUGAUAUGACAGUAUAUCCUCAGAAAUACAAAGUGCAUUGUACUAAAAUAGGACAUGUGUCAUAUAGUAUAAGCCUAGAUCUUGGUAGUUCCACAUUCGUUAGUUACACAAAUUGUAAUGAUGGAAACAAUUCCCCUUGUCCUG